AUGAAGUCCUCGUUGUUCACUCUUGCACUUUUUAUGCUUCUGGUCCAGUUGGCCUCAGGCAAUUGGAGUGUGAAAAAGUGUGCAAAUAAGCUUGGAACUUGCAGGAAGACAUGCAGACAAGGAGAGUUACCAAGAGACAUUACAACUAACAAGUGCCCCAAAACCAAAUUUUGCUGUGUUCUUUCUUUCAAAAAUGUACCUGGAAUAUGUGGUAAUGGCCCAGAUACUAAUGCAGCUGAUGAAGACAGAUCUAAACCAAGCACAUUCCCUGGAGACUCGGAGUUUACGAUGCCUCCAGAAGAUGACAGUACUACAAACAAAGUGACCCUUCCAAAAUCUGGGACCACUAAAGCCAAGAAGACGGGUGUUACAACCAAGGUGGUUUCAAGAAGCAGCUGA